AUGACUUUACCCACAAAAUCUCCUGGAACUCCUGAAAAGAAACAAAGAGGAGCAGAAAAAUCCAAUUUAAAACAAGUGAAACGUCCUGGUUUUCAAGAAAAGACACCAAAAGAAACAGAAAAGCAUCCAAUUAAGCUGGUAACUUCUGGGAUUCAAGAAAAGUCACACGGAGUGACAGAAACGUCUCCUAUUAAAAAGACAAAAUCUGACGGAACUCCUGAAAAGAAACAAAGAGGAGCAGAAAAAUCCAAUUUAAAACAAGUGAAACUUCCUGGUUUUCUAGAAAAGACACCAAGAGAAACAGAAAAGCAUCCAAUUAAGCUGAUACCACGAGGAGAAGUCACAGAUAACUCCGUGUAUGAGAACCUACCAUCUUAAUUUGCAUGAAGUUGUGAAGUUCCUGUUCAUUAAAUCCAUGAAAAUCUUCAAAA